UCUCACCCUGCAUAUGGUGAGAUCGCGAAGCUGUCAGGGUGGUUCAUCAUCCGAGACUGUAUCUGGCGCGAGUUCUUUCACGUCAUGAAUAGCAAGUCUGAGGACUUGCACCGUCUCUCAGUCACAUUUUUUGACCGCUUUGGGAAUAUCCGCCCGGGGAUUGUACACGACAAUUACCACAAAGGUCUCGGCACAUGGGGCGAAGAGCUCAAUGAUGGAAGGCUAGUUCAUAUUAAAGAUAUAAAAGUCAAAGACGAGCUUAAGCAUACAGGAGUCGAUUCUCUCUGUUUGGACUCUUUCCUGAAAUCUGUGCAUGUAGACGCACAAACCUUUGUCUUUUUCUCUCCCGGUAAAAGGCUCCCGGAGGGCCCCCUGAAGGAGCUGUACGACCGGCAGACUGAAUUGUUCAGAAAGUUUCAUUUCCGCCGCGUUGGGCGUACAAUGUACCUUGGGUACUGCCCAAACAAGGAGCACCCGUCGCGCCAGGUAGCUGCAGCUGAUGACAUCGGCGACUUCCAUACCCGUCCAGAAGGUGCCGAAGCUCAGACCACUCAUUGCACAUCCUGGGUACGUGAUGAAUGGCGAGAAAACCUCGACGAAGCCGGGAUGAACGUAUGCAUCCAUGCCACUCACGCUAUGGCUCCCACUCUGGUGCAUGAACAGGACGAUCUCGGCUACACACCUUUGCAUAUCGCGGCGUCCUUGGGUAAUGUGAGAGCGGUGCAGGAUCUCAUCGCGCUUGGAGUUGAGGAAGACCUUGCGAAGCGAGACUACGGAGACGGAAGGACGCCGCUCGAGGUUUGCAUGAAGCAGGCGUGCGAUUCGAAGGAGAAGCAAGAAACCUAUGUCGAGCUAGACACAGACUACCUUCGAGUUCAGUGGCUUUUACAGCAAGCGAUGGGAUAUCCAGGUCUCGAGAACGAGGUUCUGUACGUGCGCAAACGCAAGUUCGGAUGCACGUGCGAACAAUGUGAAGAUGGCUGGCUGAGCCCCCGUAUGAGGUUUCGGUUGUAUUCAUACGACUUGACGAGUUUUAGCUUCAUACAAUUCCCUUGCGGUCCAGAGGAUGCACGGUUCGACCUCAUCCUUCCAUAUCUCCCUGUCCCUCUCCAGCAGUAUGUGACGAAAUCGUUCUACAAUGGCUACCGCACGCUCUUCAAGGCCAUCUCCGCGACUCUCAGUAACACACAGCCCGAAAUUUCCAGCAUCCCAACUCGUCAGAACCUCCUUGACCAACUGAACCUAUCCGCUCCUGUUCCAAGUGGCCUGGACAUCUUGAGCGCCAAUCACUAUCUCGAAAAGCAGGGUAAGGUGGAGUAUGCGCUCAAUUGCGUCCUCAGCUGCGCGACCGAUCAAAGCCCGUUGGGCGAUUACACUUUCGAUGGGAUGUGGGAUAACGAUGAAGAUGAGGACCGCGACUACCUUGAUCUUCCGAAGUGUGCGAACGACCUCAAUAUCAGGCAAGUUAGCGUCAAGUUAGGUUUGGCUUCGUUGCCUCGUGGGGGAUCCUGUGAAAUCUAG